AUGCUCCCACCUCUUCCCCGCGCUUUGACAGAACCGAAGGCCUUCGGUUUUCUCGCGCUGCUCGCUGCUUCUGUUGUGUUGUUCCUCAGACUCCUAUCGCUCUCGUUUGUCCUCCUGGCUGUUCUUUGCACGCCUCUCAUCUUUCUAUGGUUUCUAUACGCUCAAGCACAAUUCUUCCUAAAAAUUGAUGCUGUGGCGACCCGCUUGAGCGUCAGCGGAGGGCUUAAAGGGGCGGCUAAAUCCUUUCAUUUCACGACUCCGGCUGCUUGGCAGGCAGUGUUGACGCGUUCUCAAUGGUCCUUUAGCAGUCCUCAUGACCUCCCUCCCGUUAUCCCUAAUUAUCCCCAGUUCUCACAAGCGGUUAACGAGAUUAUGGUCUUAAUUGUUCGCGACUUUGUUCUCACUUGGUAUACGUCAGUUUCGCCAUCGCCAUCCUUUCCAUCAGCUGUCUCCGAUACUAUGAGAGCGUCAGUCCAGAACUUGGCGCAGAGGGCAGAAGCGAUAGACCUUCCCUCCCUUUUUGUUCGACAAAUACUUCCAAAAAUUAACGUACAUGUGGAUCGUUUUCGAGACUCCGAGCACACCCUUCGAGGCGCCGGAUUAGAAAGGCAUCUCACACAAUCCGACGAACUUGACAUUUUGCUUGCCAGUCGCUAUGCAAGUGGGGGCACUCGUUUACACUUGGCAGUCAACAAUCUCUCGUCCACAAUGACGAAGCAUUCCGAAGUUGCCUAUAUCCGUUCGUUGGUAGAUCGAGCGUUGCCCCUUCUACUUCCAAAAAAGGAGUCCAUGAGUCGGACAGUUAUCAUCGCUAUUAGGGAGAUACUUUGCUGUACUGUAUUCGCCCCCAUCAUGGACACGUUGGGCGAUCCAGACUUUUGGAAUUGUACAAUUGAUCAACUGGCAGGGGCGGCUAUCCGGCAACAGAAACUUGUCUCUCGUGGCAUCGAGCGCUGCGAUUCCUUACUAGACGCGCGAAGAAUAAAGAACGACGUGGACGCCGAAAUACGAAAAGUACAAACAUUACUUGGUAUGCUCCCCUCGCAUGACGAGUCGACCAAAAACAUCCCGACGGAACGCCCUGCUGCUUAUCUGCAACGCCUUUGUACGGCGAAAGCAAAGGUUGAGCACCGCAUCACAGUUCUCGGCGGAGCCAAUGAGACGUCGCCAGCGGUGCUGCAUCCGGGAAAGGUACCGGCUGGUCUUAAGCUUCGGGAUGUGUUAUCGAGCCCUGCGACACUUUCCUACUUUAUGGAGUUUAUGGAUCGUCGCCAACGGGCCCUUCUCGUUCAGUUUUGGCUCACGAUCGAAACGUUCAAGGAUCCAUUGGGUGUUGUUGUAGAGUCGGAUUUCCCAUUGAGCCGUUCAGAUGAGACUGCGGAGCCACUCCCUCUGAAUUCUAUCGUAGACGAUGUGCGAAUGGUACACGAUCUCUAUUUUUCAGACCGAAGCAAGAAAAAUGCACUGUUGGAUGCCAUCUCACCCCACCACGUCAAUGUGAUUCAAGCCUUUGUCGCCAACCCACUCGUCACUGAACGCGAAGCCUUCCCUACCCGCGCGAGAAAGGUACGAAAUGCGGUACUGCUUACCCAAAAGCAAACCGAGGAUGACAUGGCGGAUGACUUCGAGGAAUUUAAACAAAGCGACCUGUGGUUUCGGGUUGUAAAUGAGCUCGCCCGUCUGGAGGACAACUCUGGCCUGGAGCCUGUGUCUAAUGAUGCCGCUGUCCGGAUUACAAGCCCAAGCCCUAUCAGAACAAGCCGGGCUCCAUUUAGGAUCCCGGAUUCCGUGCGAUCUCGUGUAUUCCCGACAUUCAUUCUUCCACCAACUGUUAGUGGGCCAGGAAUGCAUAGAAGCGAUGUAACUCUUCGCUCCAGUCCCCGACCGCGGGUCAGAUCAUUUCAGUCAGAAAGAGUGCCGGAAAGGUCCCCCACAGACUCCCCUCUCUCAGGAUCUGUCGAAUCCCUGCCGUCUCCGGAAUCUAGGCGCUUCAACGCCGCUUUGGAAUUUUUGGUGGCUGAUCCCGGUGUAAGCACCCGUGCACCGCUUUUCGAUGACCCAGACUUGCUAAGGGAGGAGCAAGCUCACGCUGAGCGUAUGGAGGCCCUUCAGACCGCCUUGACAGAUCUCAUAGCCGACGACAAUCGACAGAGACCCUCUAAUUCGGAGACUGAUGAAGUUUUGCGUUUAAGCCCGGCAAGCGAGCACCAAGUCGGACUAGGUCGACCUUCAGGGUCAGUGCCCGCGAACAUGGGUCGAGACGGCAGCGUGGCAGAUACGAGGCUGAUGGACAAAGAUCUGGACCUCCCUGACCGAGACUUCCUGAUAAGGGAUCCUGGCGAUCAAGAAGAUGAGGAUGAUGGAGACGUUCAGAGCGGCGUACACGUAGCGUCGCCGGGGGAUCUUUUGCUGUCCUAUGAUAUAUCACGACUGGCCGACAAGAUACAGAAACUUAAGUCUCAAGAAGUGAUGCUAGAAGCACUGAGCCGGAAGGCGGACCUAACGGGUGAUGUUGCAGAACUUAAGUUAUUAAGUCGCUCAAAAGCAUCACUGGCCAAAGAGAUCAGGGAAUUGUCAUUCCAGAAGACACAGUACGAAAUUCAGGAGAAGGAAAACCGCCUUCAUCCAGAUCGUACUCGGGUCGUCAUUUCGUCCUCUGUGGCCACUGAGAUGGGAGGGAAGCAGGUCAUUAAGUACCUCGUCGAGGUUCAGCAGUCGAACCCUGAGGGAAAGCCAAUUUCUGGUUGGGUGGUUUCUCGGAGGUACAACGAAUUCCUUGCUAUGCAUCAGAAGCUUAAGGAGCAAUAUGCUUCUGUACGCAACUUGGAUUUUCCUGGGAAGCGAAUUGUCGCGACGCUUUCGAGCUCGUUCCUGGAUGGUAGACGUAUCGCCUUAGAAAAAUAUCUUCAGGAUUUGAUUCUCAACCCCGUCGUUUGCGAAAGCGAUGAGCUUCGGGUAUUUUUAUCACGCGAGUCAACCUUCACCGAAGCCGGAAACCAAAUAGUCCCCAAAUCUUCCUCUUUUCCAGGACAAGACAUUGUGCGGAAUGUGUAUCGAUCUGUGGCAGGGAGUAUCGACGACAUGUUCUUUGGGCCAUCCAUGAUGGACAUUAUGAUUCAGCGAUUGAGUCGUCAGGCGGCAGAAGUGGCAGGCAUAAUUGGUUCAGCUGCGAACGAUGAGGACCUUAUCGCCAAUGCUGUCAAGUCUCCCGAUGAAGCUCUCCUACAGCUUCCUGGCGACCUGAAGGUCCUUGAUGGGGAAGCUAGUGUCACAUCUUUCACCGCCCCCAUCUGCGAUUUGGUUCUAUCAGUGUUUGAGCUAGACACAAAGAAGAAUUGGCUGAGGCGUCAGGCAAUUGUGGUCAUACUGCAACAAGUCCUUGGAGGCACCAUCGAACGCAAACUUAGAGACAAUCUGGCGACAUGUCUCGAUGACUCACAUCUCUGGUCUUAUGUGAAGCUCCUUAGGGACACAUUAUGGCCAGGCGAUCAAUGGCGAUCACCACCACCUCUGCGAACUCAAGAGGAUAAGGCCAAAACUCGCGAUGAUGCACAACAGAAACUAUCUACUCUGAUGCCAGCACUUGCUUCCAACAUGAUUGGCCGUUCAAAUGCUCGGCGAGGAGCAAGAAGGAUGUUUGCAGUACUGCAGAACCGUCGGCUGAACCAGCACAUUGCGUAUACCAUACUUGAUGAAGUAUUCGAGGCAUUAUUUCCUGAACUGGAUAGUCGGGCAGAUGAGUGA